AUUCAUCACAAUAAUAUUCAGUCAUUAAAGCACUUUGCAGCAUACCGGUCAUCAAUUAAGUAUCUUUCGGGUUCAUAAAAAAAAAAAAUAUACAGAAAACAAUAUGUACCUGAAAAAUUUGUUAAUUUUUGGUUUUAUAAUUUCGUUCACUGAAAUACAGGCACGUUCGGUUGAAGACAAUGAUCCAGUAGGAAAUGAUGAAGAUUCUAAUAGAAAUGGAAAUAGAACAAUUCAAGAUUUUGAAAGUUCUACCGAAAGAAAUUUUUCUGAUGUCGAUUUACUCAAUUCGGCAAUAUUUACUCAUAAUAAUAAAAGAAUUACUGUUUAUAACGAUUAUAAUCUGGUCAAAACAUGGUCUAUAAAUAAUAACAAUGGUGUCAUGACCAUCACUAAUGUUAAUAGUAAUAAAAUUACACUGACUAUUAAUAACAGCAGUAAUUCAAUUAUUACUGACAAUAAUAGUAAUAAUGAAAACACAAUUAUUAUUGAUAAUAAUAGUAAAAAAAUUACUGCUACUAAUUACUAUAACAAUAAAAAUACGAUAAUUAUUAAUAAUAAUAGCGAAAUGAUUACUACUAUCAAUGGUUUUAACACUGAAAAUAAAAUAAAAAUUGAUAAUAAUAGUGAUAGACUUGCUAUUAAAAAUGUUAAUAAUGGUAAUACAAAUAUAAUUACGAUUGGCAAUAGUAGUAAUUUAAUUACUAUUGAUAAUAACAGCCACAACGAAAACACAAUAAUUAUUAAUGGUGAUAGUAAAAUAAUGACCAUUAAUAAUAAUGACCGUAAUAAAAAUACGAUUACUAUUAAUGGUAGUAGUGAACUUAUUAUUGUUAAUAAUAAGCAUAACAAUGUAAACAAAAUUACUAUAGAAAAUAGAAGAGGAAAGAUUAUUAUUAAUAAUAAUAACAAUACUAGUAAUGUUAAUAUAAUUAACGCUAAUAAUUAAUAUUGUAACGAAAGUGAAUCUGAUUUUUUUAAAUAUUUGAAUAUCUAGAAAACAAAUGCCUUGUUCUCUUGUUUUAUGGAAACGCGACUAAUAGAGUCAAUCAGUCAUACAUUGACAACUAAAUAGCGCAUAUCUGUAUUUUAAU